AUGGCCUCGUCUGGAGAGUACGGGUCCGCGUCCGGGUCCGGGUCCGACUCCGACUCCAACUCCGAUCUCGAAGUAGCAACGAGAAGGCCCUCUUCCGCCGCGAAAGCUGGGACCGGCACUGUGCGGCCCGUCGCCGUGCCGGGCAGUUCUCAACCCUCCUCCUCUAAGAGGGCAAGGAAGGGCGGUGAUGCUGGGCACGGGGCCGGGCCGUCCAUGGUUAUGGAUAUUGCGGAGCGACUUAUUAACAGGAGUGAAUCGGAAGUGCGGGAUAAGAUGAGGGAGCUGAAGCGUAAGUUCGAGAAGGCGACUAGAACCGGGCGUAUCGGGAAGACGCCUCAUGAUCGUAAGAUCUUUGAGCUUUCCCGAGUCCUCUGGGGCAGCGGCGGCAGCGGAGUGCCCACCUCCCCAAAGAAGAAGGGCAGGCACGCUGCUGCCCCGUUGAAAUUGCCAGAGGAAGAGUCGUCUGAGGAGAGAGACUUGGCUGGCGUGUCUUCGCUGUUGGAGCUAAAUGGAGUCGGGCUUGACGAGGAUAUCUUGAGAGUUGGGAUGAGGAUGGUCGACCGCUCAAGAGUGGAGGAAAUCAAGGAGAGGUUGCGGGAGCUCCGAAUGGCGGAGGUGCAGAUGGCGGGGGAGAGAGCGAUCCUGCUGAAUGACCUGGCCAAAUUGCUAAUGGACGGGUACCGCACGGCAAGAAAAUAG